AUGAACAUUUUCCCGAGCCCUCCUAUGAUUUCUCCUUUGUCCGGAUUUGCUGCAGGAUUAAGACGUUCUCCAAAUGUUGCUCCACUGUUGGUUCGUGUUCGUAAAGCUGGUCACUCUGAAACGAAGAAACCAGGUGACCAUAAAAAUGCAAAACAGAAGCCACAGCAUGGAAAUGGAAAGGCGGAGCAUCCAGCUCCACGUAAGCAAAGGGAUAAUGCAAAAGUGAAGCAUCCUAGAAAGCCGAAAAAGCCUGAAAAGAAUAAGCAUUCCCCAACACCUCUUAACAAGGGAACGAAACAUCCUCCAGCACCAGCUUCCAAAAGAACGAAAGCUCCUACAGCACCGGCUUCUAAAAAAACGAAACCUCCUCCAGCACCGGCUCCUAAAAAGACGAAACCUCCUCCAGCACCGCCUCCCAAAAAAACGAAACCUCCCCUAACAAAUGCUCCCAAAAAAACGAAUGCCUCCUUCAGCACCGGCUCCCAAAGAUACGAAACCUCCCCGAACACAUGCUCCCAAAGGAACGAAGCCUCCCAAACCGCCCACUCCUAA